UUCGUGUCACAAAGUAACAUCAUGAAACGGCAACAGCUGUACUUUGACGAAAUGAGGCAACACAUGUCGGACGAGGCGAAACGAUUUUACGGCAAUUAUUAUAAUCGAUACGCAGAGUACUUUUCCCUGGUCUCGCCUACGGAAAAUCAAGACAGUGUCAAGGUCCUGUCGGAGCCGAGGAUCUACGAAAUCUUCGACAACGCUCUUCUCAACGUCUAUCCUUCGGCGGUUUGCAGAUCUGAGUCGUGGAGAUAUUUCUUUUAUCGGAUACUGUUUAAAAGUACCCCGAUGUGGAUACGUGACCGAUUGGUACAACGUUUCGUCGUGGUGCCGCCAUGGCAGGCCGACGAACAAUGAAUACUAAAUAGAUGUUUCCUGCCUUGUGACAUUGCAUGCUUUUUACAUUUUCUCAGAAGAAUUAUGAUUCAAUUAAGUAACAAUGGCUCGUACGAUAAAAUCGAAGCGAUAAUAGAUAUAGAAUAUAGAAGGGGCUCAGAGUCUAGACAAGAUUGUAGUGUCGAGAAAAUUUUUAAUUAAACAAGAUUACGCUAACGUCUUCGAUACUGGUCAACACGAUUCCAACUGUAUGCUCCAUAUAUUUGCCUCGCGUUUUAUGUACGAUCGUUCCGAUUAGUUGUUUAUAUAUUUUAUAUUACUGACUGCGUGAUUUCUUGUAUUAUUUUUAUUCCGUCAUCUCCCAUGCGUUAACUUAUAUCUGUCUUUUACAUACUGAAGAUGGUCCAGUUAGGACCGAAACGUCUGUUGUCUUUUUUAAUUAAAAAUGUUUCGACACUACAAUCUUGUGUAGACCCUUCAAUUAUGAUUCAUUUAAAAACUGACUGAAACAAUACAACAUUUAUAAGAUGGAA